UGCGGCGGGGCCCGAUUUCUUCUUCAUUUAUAAACUCUCAUCGAGGGGAAAAAAAAAAUAAUAAUAAAAAAUAUAAUAAUUCUCGCAUCAUUUUGAUAUUUUUUGGUCACGUUUCGCGAGUUCCCAGGCGUCCUUUGGAGCGGAUUCCUCGGCUGCAGAAGGAGGUGUCGGCGUUCAGACUUGGGAAUUUUUGGACGGAAGCUUUGCGGUCUUUGUUCAUUCAUUUUGGUCGAUUGGGUUCCUUUGUUGGACCAAAAGCAUGGGAGCACAAACCUCCAAAGCCGCUGGGAAAGCAGAUGCUACGGUGGAGAAGCCGGGGGAAAGCACGGCUGCUGGUGCAAAAACAAACGGGCAGGAGAAUGGUCAUGCCAAGAGCAACGGUGAUGCUUCUCCCGCAGCAGAAGAGGCCAAUAAAUCGGAUGUUCAGGCCAAUGGAAGCACUCCUACCGAGGAGAUCCCAAAAGAAGAAGCGGAGAAAGUAGAGGCUGCUGGGGCUGACGGUGAGGGGGCCGCCGCAAGCGGGGAUGCUUCUGCCAAACCAGAAGAAGAAGCUCCAUCUACCAGCGAGGAGGGCAAACAGAAGAAAAAGCGCUUCUCCUUCAAGAAGCCUUCCUUCAAGCUUAGCGGCUUCACUUUUAAGAAGAUCAAGAAGGAGUCUGAAGAUGCGGCAGAGGAGGGACCUGCCGCAGCAACCGAAGGAGAGAAGGCAGCAGAGGAGGAGGCGGCGGCCGCUGGCGAGGCCAAACCAGCUGAGGAAGGAGCCAAGGAGGCUGCUGCUGCUGCUGAGGAACCGAAUGCUGAAGCGGAAGUGAAGGCAGAGGAAAUGGCAGGAGAGGAGAAACCAGGUGACGCUUCACCUACCGAGCCAGAAACUGCAGCCAGCCCAGACACCACCACCGCCGCCGAGUAAUCCUGCUGAACAUGAUACCAGAAUGAAGGAGACGACAGAGCCUGUCUGAAGGAAUCUGAGGACUUGUCCAAGACCAGGGAUUUUUCUUUCUUUUUUUUGUUGUUCUUUGUUUACUAUUCUGCAACUAUCUCAUCCAUAAUGACUGCGGCGUCCUUGGCAGUGAUGGACAGAAGGUGUGCUGAAGGGCGUGCUGCUUCCUCACUGCUCAGUGGUGCUUGCAUUUGUGGCGUGGGUGAGCGUGAAAGUGUGACUGAGAGUGUGAAUGUUUUCUACAUGAAUCCAUGACUGUGUUGACACAUUGCUGAAAUUUGAAAUAUUUAAUCAAAGUAUUUGGUGCUGGGCAAUUGGAUGUAGCAGCUAAAGCUGUGUCUGCAAGAUUGACAUUGUGAUUAUUUAAAAGGGCGAGUCCUAAAUGUUGUCUUUGCAGUGCACAGUUGUUUACAACUCGAGCUCAACGUUCCUGUGGACACAACCAUUCCCCAAUGACAUAGCUAUAGUAUCUGUCAAAAAACAAUAGGUGCUCAUCACUUUUCCAUUAGUUUCCACUCUUUCAAAACUCUGUAGUAAUGCACGCUGUAUAGACUUUGAUAUUACUGGUUUUAUGACUGAGAUGUACCUAAAUGACUGAAGUUUUUAAAAAAGAUUAGCCAUUGUAAAUGAUUUUUUUUUCUUUCUUUCCACCAUUUGUAAGAUUGAAUAAAAUUGGGAGAUGUUUAAGCAAA